AUGGCAAGUAUCAAGGUUUCUUAUCAAAAUACCGUUCGCCGCUUUUUAGUUCCAAAGACCAUUACUUGGUCAGAACUUGAGUCCAAUCUUCGGACUUUAUUCUCGCUUCCUCCCACCUCUUUUGCUCUCUCCUACACUGAUGAGGACGGUGACGUAAUCACCUUGUCUUCAGAUUUAGAACUUCAAGAUAUCUUUUCUCAAGUGCAACAAUCUACUACACUGAGAUUUUUCCUUAUUCCCUAUAAUAAAAAACAUGAAGACAAUGAAAGUAACUCCAAGCAAGUUGUUGAUCAACCUUCGCAACCUUCUUUACAUGAUUCUCCAAACUCUCAGCAGUUGACGGUGGCGGACAGCGAACCUUCGUCCAUUCCAACACCUUCGUCCGUAAAGGGAAAACAGAAAGCAGAAAUGUCCAAUGAUGAUAAUUCAGACCCGUCUAUAUUGGAUGAACAAUGCAACGAAGAACAAACGAGGGCACCAUUCAUUGAUCUAGCGACACAAUUUCAAAAAGUAAUUGAUAAAUUACGCCCAAUGAUAGAGCAACAGCCGCAACUAAUUGAACAAGCAAACAAUAUCAUGGACCAAAUUUUGCGUAAUAUUCCAGUGGAUAUCGAUCAGUGGACUCAAUGGUUUAACGAGAAAGUUGCAGAGGCACAAAGAAAUUUCUAUAAUGCUAUAAAUAAUGAAGAUGAUGAUGAAAAACAAAUGAGUUCUGCCCAACAGCAAUCUGAAGAAUUGUUCUUUAAUCCACAGAAUGUUAUAAACAAUAAUUCGACUCAACAUGUGAAUCAGGUGAUUUAUGAUUUUCAAAACGAACAACUUGUGGAUAAAAAGACAAAAGAAAAACUAGAAAUAUUACGUUCAAUGGGAUUUUAUGAUGAUAAUAGGAACAAGGAAUUACUGAAAAUACAUCAAGGGAAUGUUGAAAGGGUGGUAGAAAUUUUGGUUGAGGAUUCAGAAUAUUCGGUAGUGGAUAAUGAGGUACAAAUGGUAGAAAUUUAG